AUGCGCAGCUUCGGGGUGAAGGUCAGUAUUAUCGAGCCAGGCUGCUUCAAGACGGGCAUCUCCAAUGCUGAGGACGUGGAGAAGAAUUUUGUUUCCGUCUGGGAGAAGGUCCCAGAGGAAACCAAAGCGAGUUACGGGGACAAUUACUUGAAAGAGCUUUUGCUCAGACCCAGGAAGAUGCUGCAGAAAUGCAGCUCCAACCUGAUGCUGGUCACGAACUGCAUGGAGCACGCGCUGAUCAGCCGCUUCCCGCGCGCUCGCUACUCCGCGGGCUGGGAUGCCAAGCUGUUCUUCAUCCCCCUCAGCUACCUGCCGUCAGCCCUCACGGACGUCAUUCUCACCUGGACCUACCCCAAACCUACCCAGAAAGCCUAA